ACCCAUUUCCCGCUCAGCACAGUGAACAUGGUCAGGCACCCACGAGUAGGAGGCUUGCCUCCAGAUACGACGGCCAUAGACCUGUCACGCAUGCUUGCACGCCUUGAGAACAUUCUCGUUACUCCGGAUUCAGCUACAGAGACCAAGUUGCGAGCGUCAAGCUAUGAGCGGGAGAAGGUUGGCACUAAUCUCGAAUAUGCGCGGUCACUCCUUCUACGACUAGAGCAAGAUGCACUUAGAAUAAAGAUUCAGUCCAAAAAACAAGAAGCGCAGGCCGAUCUUGUACGGCGGCGAGAAACGCUCCAGAUGCUGAGCGAGCGACUACGAGAACUCAAUGAGUUGGGAGCACACCAGCUAGAGGACGAUGAGAGUUCGGAAGGCGAGGAUAUAUUAGGGGAGGAAACUCCGAGCGAUGAAACGGAGACGGAUGAUCAAGAUUCACAGAGUGACGCUCCUCCACCUACUACUACAGCUACGCAAGAUAUACCCCGGACGAGAGACCCAGAACCGAUUAGCACAACACCUACAGCACCCAUAACACAACCCGAACCCACAUCCAACCUCCGAUCCCGAAAUCGGCAAGCCGAAAAGGAGAAAGCAGAGCUGCUCUCAGGGACGUCCACCGGUCUCUCAACCGCCACAACAGAAGCCCUUCUGACACACAAUCGCACCGAACAAGAAUCCCUCACCAAUUCCCUUUUGAACAUGGCGCAAGCUCUCAAGGCCUCCAGCCACUCGUUUGCCUCUUCCCUCGAAGAGGAAAAAGACAUUUUGAACAGAGCGACAGAGGGACUGGAUAAGAAUGAGCUGGGCUUGGAAGCUGCGCAGCGGCGGAUGGGGUUCUUGAGGAAGUAUACGGAGGGUAAGGGGUGGUGGGGGCGGAUGAUGAUGUAUGUCUGGAUUGCGGGCUUGAUGGUGAUAGCGUUGAUUAUUGUCUUUGUUUUACCGAAGGUAAGGUUCUAGGUCUGGUUAAGGGGCGGAGUCUGGAGCUUUUGGAAUCGACCAUCGAUGGAGAGGGGAUUCGGAGAUAUGUUAGAUAUGGACAUAUUUUGAUACCAGGUGGUAGAUGACGAUCUCAGGAAUUACGAUCAAAAUGCUAGCUAGAUACCAUGAAUAUGCCGGGGUUCUGAAGAAACCUUAUUCUACUACGUAAUGACCCUCUACGGAAAACGAC